AUGCUGGCCAAUGCAAACUCUAUGUCCGCCAAUGAUACUCCCAAUUUUCCUUCGCCCACCGCGUCCCAGGCUGACGACUCGUCGGCAGAGAUGGAUUUCACGGCGUCCCCAGAAAACAACCAUAAUACGCCAACCCCGGAAAGCACCUGGAGCACCGUCGGUACCAGCCGUAAACCUGCCUCCACCGCCCGACCCCGCACCGAGCUCAUCUCUGUUGGAAUCCAACUUCCCCCCGGUACCCUCACUCCCAAGCUGCCUCUAUAUGACUUGCUCGCCGCAAUCAUCUCCGCCGCACAUCUCUCCUCCAAAACCAGUGCAGAGAUCACCCUUCAGGCCAAGCCAGCUCAGAGUCUUGCUGACGACUCGUCGGCAGAGAUGGAUUUCACGGCGUCCCCAGAAAACAACCAUAAUACGCCAACCCCGGAAAGCACCUGGAGCACCGUCGGUACCAGCCGUAAACCUGCCUCCACCGCCCGACCCCGCACCGAGCUCAUCUCUGUUGGAAUCCAACUUCCCCCCGGUACCCUCACUCCCAAGCUGCCUCUAUAUGACUUGCUCGCCGCAAUCAUCUCCGCCGCACAUCUCUCCUCCAAAACCAGUGCAGAGAUCACCCUUAAGGCCAAGCCAGCUCAGAGUCUUGUAUUCCUGAAAACGCAAUCCCCUCUCACCGCCCACCUCCUUCUCUCUCUCACGCAUCUCCAGCUCAACGGUACUAAGUCUGCCCUUGCUCCCACUUUAGCCAAAGCCCUCACUCAGGGGACUCCCUCCGAGGUCUUUGACAAGCUCGCCUCUCUGUAUCUCCCGCCCCCUCUUACACCUUCCUACCCAGCCUACUCGGGCGAUCCUAACCUAGACCUGGACCGCCCUUUCACUCUCCGGGAGCUCGAGGCUGCCCUGGCUUCUAAUGCUUCUCGCUCCGCUCCCGGUGAGGACGCCAUAACAUACACCACACUCCGAAACCUUCCUGACCACGCCAAGGAAUUCAUUCUCCAGACUUUCAAUAAGGCCUGGGACAGCGGCUGCCUGCCGAGCUCCUGGACAUCCUCCCUCAUUUCUAUGAUUCCAAAGCCGGGCAAACCUCCCUCCCUCUCUAACCUUCGCCCUAUCUCCCUGACGUCGUGCGUUGGCAAGACCCUUGAGCGAAUGGCUCUGACUCGCCUCUCUGAUUUUCUUGAGGUGAGAGAGUUCUUCCCCCAUUCUCUUAUCGGCUUCCGACGACGCGUCUGUGCACAGGACAUGUUCCUGAUCCUCCAGCAUACCUUCUUCUCGCCCACUCCCAGCCAGAUCCACGCUCUUGUGACUGUUGAUGUCCGCAAGGCCUUCGACGGUGUGUGCCACGAUCACAUCCUGUCUCAACUUUCCUCCCUGGGAUGCGGCAACCGCUUGUACUCUUAUAUCCGCUCCUUCCUCUCUAACCGAGUGGCUCGCUUUCGAGUUGACACUCACCUGUCUGACCCCCACGUCCUCACCCGUGGCACUCCUCAAGGGAUUAACGGCAAUGAGCUGGCCCAUCAGCUCGCCCGUGACGCUUCUAACCGGGCACCGUUGAUCCCCUGGCCCAAGCCCUCGGAGGACGGUGGGAGACUCUCCCUGCGCCGCACCAUCAAGGAAGUCUACUUCCAGCUCCGUCUCGACAAGCGCCUCUACCCUCCCCCUCAUCCAUCACUCACUGUGCCGGAGGCUCGCCUUCUGCGGCAUAUCCAAAUGAAUCCAUUGAUUACCCCCUCCCCUCUUGAUGAGGCUCCGACGUGCCUCCCAAAGGUGAAGAAGAUGGCCGUCAACUUCUGGAUUCUGUAA